GAUGCCUGGCUCUCUCAGCUGUCUGCAACCUGGGUUGAUGUCAUGCAGUUGUAUCAUGUUGCAUUUCACCUUUGUCCCUUGAAUCUUGAAUCCCACUCGAGCCUUUCCUCCUGGACACAAACCCACAGACAGUAUCUGGAUCUCAGAGUGUGUUGUGAUUUGAUUCCUGUUGGAAAAGGUUCACCAACGUUUCAUCUGCUGCUGCUUUAAUAGUGGAAUUAUGUCAACAGACAAGGUACACGGUGGGCUGGAUUUUAUCGACCUUCUGCUUAGAAACACGUAUGAAACCAGCGGUUACCACAGCAACCAAUCGUGGACUAUCACAAUUCAUAAGACCCCAAACCCUGAGGGAGCUUCUGCUGAUGACUUUCUCGACACCCUGCUGGGUGACAGUGACUCCUCCUCAGCCCCGGCGUCCCCCCUGUGGUCGACCUGCACAACUGACAGUAGCAUCAAUGAGGACCCUCUGACAGAUCCCACAGAGAGCCCUCACCCAUCCUACUGCAACGCUUUCCAAACCUUUGACACGCCAACGUUCUCUCAGCCUCCACGUCUGCGCAAUCAGCUGCUCAAAAAUGGAAAAACAACUGAUGUUUCCAUAAAUCAAUGUUGGGAGUCCAGUGACCUCCAGGAGCAUGCAAUUGCAGUUGACCUCAACCGAAGCUGCCCCCUGCUGUCCAAUCAGACGCUCACAGUGAAGGACCUGCUCUUAUCAAACCUGGGACAGAAAGCACAACAAAUCCCCCAGCAUUCCCUGCCAGAGCUUGAACUUAAUGAGGAUGAGAAGACUCUCCUGGCUAAAGAGGGGGUGAACUUACCCAGCAAACUGCCCCUGUCCAAGUUUGAAGAGAAGGUUUUGAAGAAGAUCCGGCGGAAAAUCCGAAACAAGCGCUCAGCUCAGGAGAGUCGUAAGAAGAGGAGGGAAUAUGUAGAUAGUCUGGAGGGAAGGAUGUCUGCAUGCAGCGCUCACAACCUGGAGCUGCAGCGAAAGGUCCAGCAUUUGGAGGACACCAACAGUGCUCUGUUGGAGCAGCUAAACCAGCUACAUGCUCGCCUUUCGAGUAGUUCCAGCAAGACAAAGCACAAAGGGACCUGCAUCCUGGUUUUGCUCCUCUCAUUAUCUCUACUUAUAUCCUCAAAUCUUCAGCCCGAGCCUUACAGCCAACUUGGCCGGAGAGAGUACAUGGAGGCCAAAGUGCCAUCCCGCUCCCUACAGUUGAUGGAUGAAGUGCAGAAUGUCCCUCCUCCUGCUUCUCCUUUCCUGUCUGUCUCCAGAGGCUACGAGGCCUUCUGCAGUUUGACAGAGAAGCUCUGGACCUGGACAGAUGUCCACAUGGUCAACAUACAGUCUAGCCACCAGGAUUUCAGGCACCGGGAUGAUCACUGAAUUACACAGAAUCCACGGGAAUAAAGACAGUAGUAAAGAAGUGCAAGCUCGGUCGCAGAGGCAGCAUUCAAAUAAGCAAAUAUUGUUGCUUUUAUAGCAGAUUCUCACUGCACAGACUGGGUGACGUGUCAUAAUGUGUUUGCCAUUCACUCACUCACCGAAAGGUUAGUGGAGGGCAGUGAGUGAGUCAUCCACAGAGAUGAAAUUCUUUCUUUCUUUCUUUGGAUGAGUGAAGCUUCAGGUACCUGGUGGAUAGUUUAUUUCAUUGUGGACUUACUAUACAGUAGUGCAAGAUGUAGGUACAGUGUGAUCGGCAAAAUAGAACAAAUGUAUACAAUGCUGCUGCUGUGUUCGGUUAUCUGCUUUAAUGAAUAUGUUGGAAAAACAAGAAUAACUCUUUCAGUUAUAACUCUUCACUUAUUGAAGCAUAUUUUGUUUUGCAAACAUUUUCAUCCCAAGCAAAAACUGCCUGAUGGCUUCUCACUCUCAUGGCAAAAACAUUUAUUUUUUUAUUCAUUGCAGAUUUAUUUUUUAACUAUGGAGAAUGUCAUUAUUGUGUUACUGUUGUGACAUGUCUAUUUCUUGUAGAAAAAAAAACAAAAAACGAUUGCAUGAAACAGCUGCUAUGUAUUGCAUUUGAGGGAUAAUGAUUAAA